AGAUGUGUGUAUCUACAAAACGACCUUGACAUUUAUAACAGCCUGCUGACUACGCUCAUUCAAUCCCAGUCCCUGCCGUGGUAACAUUCGACUGUCACUGCGCCGUCCAGAAUGUCGUCGUUUGCUCCCACAUCAUCUGACUCUGGUCCUGCAGGUGCGCAAUAUGCCAAGUAUGAUGCACCUGACGCCGAGUUUUUCCCAGGCAUUGGGAAUAUAGAGUUCAAGCCUGAUGGGGGCCCAGCUGACACCCUGGUGUAUAAACAGUAUAACCCCUCCGAGACUGUGCAGGGGAGGACGAUGGAGGAGUGGCUGAGGUUCUCCGUGUGUUUCUGGCACACCUUCAGAGGGACAGGCGCUGACCCGUUUGGCUUCCCGACCUUGAACCGACCUUGGGACGACGGCAGUGACACCAUCGCCAACGCCAAGAGGAGGUUGAGAGCAGGAUUCGAGUUCUUCUCCAAACUUGGGGUCAAAUACUGGACCUUCCACGACAGGGACAUCGCCCCCGAGGGAGCCACUCUGGAGGAGUCCAACAAAAACCUGGACGAGAUCGUCGACCUGGCCGAGCAGCUGCAGAAGAAGACUGGAGUCAAACUGUUAUGGGCAACCUGCAACUUGUUUGCCCACCCCAGGUACAUGAACGGCGCCAGCACCAACCCAGAUGCCCACGUGUUCGCAUUCGCGGCAGCCCAGGUGAAGAAAGGCUUGGAGGUCGCAAAGAGACUCGGGGCUGAGAACUUCGUGUUCUGGGGAGGACGAGAGGGUUACCAUAGCAUCCUCAACACCAAUGUCAAGGCCGAGGUCACUCACAUGGCAAAGUUCUUCAGAAUGGCUUCAGAUUACAAGAAGAAGAUCGGCUUCACCGGGACAUUUCUGAUUGAGCCCAAGCCCAAAGAACCUACCAAGCAUCAGUAUGACUAUGACGCCAUGACAGUCAUUGGCUUCCUAAAGAGCUUUGAUCUGGACAAGGAGUUCAAGCUGAACAUCGAGCCCAACCACACGACUCUAGCCGGCCAUUCCUACGAACACGAUUGUGUCGUCUCCUCGGCGAUGGGUAUGCUUGGCUCCAUCGACUCCAACACAGGCUCCCCCGAUCUGGGCUGGGACACAGACCAGUUCCCAAUGGACGCCAAGAAUACUGCUCUAGUGAUGAAGGUGGUGUUGGAUCAGGGAGGCAUCCAGCCGGGUGGACUCAAUUUUGACUGCAAGGUCCGCCGUGAAUCUACAGAACUCCGUGACAUGUUCACUGCCCACAUUGGUGCAAUGGACACCUUUGCCCGAGGCCUGAAGAUUGCUGCCCGAAUUGCCAGCAAUGGUACCAUCCCUAAAGCUGUUCAGGAAAGAUACAGUAGCUAUAGUGACGGAAUCGGUGCCAAGAUCGAAAGUGGAGAAACUAGCUUUGAGGAACUAGAGAAAUACAUCCUGGAGAAGGGUGAACCUCAGCGUAUAUCUGGCCAACAAGAACAUUACGAAAGCAUGCUGAAUUACUUCAUGUAGACAUGACGUCCUGGCACUUGUCAUCUUGCAAGAACAAACAUACAGCCAAAGGCAUGGAUGCGAAACCUUCAACAGGGGUAGAUUUUGUUGAUGACAAAAGCAAUCUACGGGCCAGAUAUGUUGAAACUAAAUGGUACUCCAUAAACCUCACAAGUACACUGGCACAUUAUGUGAAUUUCAGAGACGUGAGAGAAUGAUAAUAAAUGUGUAAAAAAAAAUAAUCUUACGUUUCCACAAAUUGACUGGAUUUAAUGAUAUUGUGCAAGUAUGCAACUGGUGACUCAGAGAAAUGACUUCAAAUAAUAGACGUCCUUUACCAUGGACUGCCGCUGGCCAAGCAGCAGUGUCAACUGUUAUAAGGUCCUUCAGAAGGGUUCCCAUGGAGCUCGUGCAUUGUCUAUUGACCAUUUAAAAAUGGUAUCAUGAACCAGAUGUUUUUGCAAAAUGUACUCAAAUGAACCUCUAUUGAACAAACACAGAUUUGUAAUAAUAGACUUUAUUCCCUUUCAUUCGUCAGUGUAAGAAUAAAAUACAAUAUACAAAGUC